AUGAUGAUGCACAUAUUAACUAGACUUAGACCAAAGUAUGCAAGGCAAACAUCCAGCUCGCCCCAUGUGCCAGUGCUUUGUGAGGUGGCCAUUGAGUACUUGAACCCAAAGCGCAAUGGCAACUACUUGGACAUGACAUUUGGAGCGGGGGGACAUACACGACGACUGCUAGACACGUGUUCGGAUUGUAAAGUAUAUGCCUUGGACCGAGAUCCUCUGGCCCAUCAGUUGGCUAUUGAAAUGAGUCAGAAAGAGGAGUAUAAGGGCAGAUUGGUGCCUCUGUUUGGCAAAUUUUCAGAUCUACCGCAAUUACUGGAUGGCCAAAAUCUGUCAAGAAACAGUUUUGAUGGUAUGCUCUAUGACUUUGGUUGCAGUUCCAUGCAGUUUGAUGUGGCCAACAGAGGAUUUUCGAUUUCGCAAAACGGUCCCUUGGACAUGCGUAUGGAUGGAGGACGCGGCGGUGGCAUUAGUGCUGCUGAUGUACUGGCUCGUGCCGAAGAGGAUGAUCUGGCACGAAUCCUGAGAGUCUAUGGCGAAGAGAAGGCGGCGAAAAAGAUUGCACGCGCCAUCGUUGAGGCACGUGGCGCUCUUCAAAGGAUUGAGACGACCAAACAGUUGGCCGAUCUCGUUGCCGCCGUACUCGGUGAUUCUUCACACAGACAGGAUAAACUCCAACGGCCCUCACAUGCGGCCACCAAGACCUUUCAAGCCCUUCGCAUAUUCGUCAACAAUGAACUCAACGAGAUCAACUAUGGCAUGCUAUUGGCCAAUGAAGUCCUAUGUCCGGAAGGUCGUUUGGUGGCCAUUACCUUUCAUUCGCUGGAGGAUACGAUAGUUAAACGUCAUCUCAAUGGCAAUGUUAUCGAAGGUCGCGCUAAUCCCGUGCCCCUAAAGUAUUGCGGUCACGAUGUCACCCUCGAUCCACAGUUAAUGCAAUCUUUUGUCCAGAUCAAAUGGCGUCAAUUGCAUCGUCAUGUCAUUCUACCCGAUGCCGAGGAAAUCGCACGCAACAGUCGAAGUCGUUCGGCCAAACUGCGAGCAGCCAUUAAAAUUAAGUAAAGUUAAUGAAUAAAACGGUUCCCAUACUUUGGUUUGUGUCUAGUCUAGA